GUCAGAUCGUGCUAAAGUAUAUUAAAAGUGUCAAAACAGUAAAUUUUGCAUGUAUAAGCCGACCAACAAAGCCUACUGCCACCAAUACUUUGUUAGAAAAUAAUGGCGCGGCAAAGCGCGCAAAUGCCUCUAGUAAAGCAUCAUGUUCUGUGGGAAGAAAUGCAUACGUCCAAGGCAGCAAGCAACACAUAGCCGAUCGGUGCCCUUUCCCUUUGGUCUUCGCAGAAUGAUUCUAUGCCUUCCCUCUAUUGCUACUCAAAGUAGCUGAGGCAGCUAGCAGGCACUCGCAUCCACGGCAGCUACGCGAGCAUAACUAUAUAUACCACCCUGUCGGCCUGCCGCGUGCAUUUGCGUCGCACGAUCAAGUGCUGCCUGGAGAGACAGGAAAUUAGUCAAGAUGGCGGAGGCGGUGUUGGGGCCGCUGGUGGGGAGACUGCAGGAGCUGGUGAUGAGCGAGGCGCGGGCGAUGGUGGCGGUGAACGAGGACGUCCGGAGCCUCCGCGACAAGCUCAUGUGGAUGCAGGCCUUCCUCCGCGACGCCGAGCCGCGGCGGCGCGCCAACAACGACGAGCUCAUCAGGGUGUGCCUGCAGCAGACCCGCGACGUCGUCUUCGACACCGAGGACGCCGUCGAUCAGUAUUUCUUCCGAAUCGACCUCUCGAGGUAUCCAAGUUGGAGCCAUACCAUUGUCAGAGUCUUCCGCGACUUCUUCACACAAGUGCGUGUGCGGAGCGACCUUUCAAAGAGGAUCAAAUUGAUCAACACAAGGUUUGAGAGCAUCAUUGAUAACAAGGGCAAGUACAAAAUCGAUGAUGGAAGUGAAACCAUGCCAGUCACCACUUGGAGACCAUCCACUGCCAUCUCAGCUACUGCUGAAAAGUUGUGA